GCCUGCAGCCUGGAGGAGCACCAGCUUGCGCUGAGCCAUCACGACGCCAUGCACCGUAAAGCCGAGUGCGCGGGUCUGAGCGGAAAAGGUCUGUUCUGUGACGGCAUGGACGACAAGGGGACGUCGGUGCCCAUUUACCCGUGGAUGCAGCGGAUGAACGCCUGUAACGGAAACUUCGGGAACCCCGGCAGACGCGGCCGUCAGACCUACACCCGCUACCAGACCCUGGAGCUGGAGAAGGAGUUCCACUUCAACCGGUACCUGACGCGGCGGCGGCGCAUCGAGAUCGCGCACGCCCUGUGUCUGACCGAGCGGCAGAUCAAGAUCUGGUUCCAGAACCGCAGGAUGAAGUGGAAGAAGGAGAACAAGCUCAUCAACUCCUCGUCUUCUUCCUCCUCCUCAUCCUCCUCUUCAUCGUCCUCCUCCACCGGGAACGGUGUAGAGGAGGAGGACAAACGGACGGACUGACUGAGAGAGGAAGGAGAGAGAAACUGAUGAUGGAAGAAAGACAGGAGCGGGUGAGGAGGAGGAGGGUGAGGAGGAGGACAAGACUGCGGGUUCGCUUCCACUUCCCCGGCUUCAAAGUUCAACCGGUCGAGUCUGGUGUGAAACUUUUCUUUUCUUUUGAAGGGUGAAUAAAGAGGGAGAGGAGAAUUCUCCCCCACUCUCCCACUAACACCGUCACCCACCUCUAACAAUUGUACCCGAAGAGUUCCUUUGAGCCGGCUCCUCCUCUCCUCCUGAAAACACGGGGAAACGAUCCGACGGGGGAACAAACCACCGGAGCGAGGAGAAGAAACAGGAAGAAGAAGAAGAAAAGAAUAGAAACCGGGGAGAGAUGAAAGAAAAAUACAUGAAUAAAAGAAGAGGAAAAGUGGAUGAGGAGGAAAAAAAAAGAAAAGAAUUCCACCGACCAACUCCUGACCUGACGGUGGCGUUUGGAGCCCGCUGGAAAACAAGGUUUUCUCGUUGCAUUCCACGAAAAAAAAAAACAA